CAAAAAAAAAAAAAAAAAAAAAGACAAAAAAAUCUAAUAAAAAAGGAAAAAAGGAGAGUAAAGAGGCCGGCGGAGAGGAGGCACCGCCGGCCCAACCUCCCUCUCCGUGCGCGCUCCCGCCGCCAGACCAGGGCCGCUGCGCACGCGCAGCCCAGGCUUCAGACCCCCGGCGCGGCCCGCACGGCAGGGCCCUCAGGAGCAAUGGCCCAGGUAGCAGUGCCCACCGUGCCCACUGGAGAUGAGUCUUCAGACAGCAGGAUGGUGGUGACGUUCCUCAUGUCUGCUCUGGAGUCCAUGUGUAAAGAGCUGGCCAAGUCCAAGGCCGAGGUGGUCUGCAUCGCUGUGUAUGAGGCGGAGGUGUACGUGGUGGGGACAGAUCGAGGCUGUGCCUUUGUCAACGCCAGACAGGAUUUCCAGAAAGACUUCGCACAGCACUUACCAAAAGUACGGAUAGAAGGGCCAGACAGAAUGCUUGCUCUGACCCAUGCUCAUCCUGUGUUUGCAGGCCAGGGGGAAGGGCUGGCUGAAGAGAAACCACUGUGUCCUGAAGAUGGAGAAGCCCAGCUGCUCAGGAAAGCAGUAGAGGACCAUUUCUGCCUUUGUUACCGUAAAGCACUGGGGACGACAGCUACGGUCCCUGUUCCCUACGAGCAGAUGCUCCAGGACGAGGCAGCUGUGCUGGUGCAGGGCCUUCCGGAAGGCCUGGCCUUUCAGCACCCCGACAACUACAGUCCUGAAACCCUGAGGUGGAUUCUGGAGAACAAAGCAGGGAUCUCAUUCGUCGUAAACAGACCUUUCCGAGGUGCAGAGAGCCAUCUGGAUGGUCUUGGGAUGCUGACAGAUGCCGAGAGGCUGGCACGACCACCAAAUGACAGCUGUGGCCCCAUCAGUGUGAAAACUGAACCCAUGGAAGAUUCUGGUACUUCACCAAAGGCAGCAGCCAUUUUAGUCAAGACAGAGUCAGAGGAUCCUAACUACUAUCAGUGUGACGUGCAAGGUUGCUUCUUCUCCUUUCAGGAACCGAGCAUUCUUCCACCAGCAGUGAUGUCAGAGGAAUGGAGUUGCCGUCUGCAGACCUUUUCUUUUCAAGAGUCCACUCCACUGGUCUCUUCAGAAACAAGUGAGGAUCCUGAGGCCGAUGUGAAAAUGGAAGGGAAGACAAAUCUGUCCAACAUUGUAAACUCUGCAGCAGGCGUUGAAGAUCUUAGGAUCGUACAGGUGACAGUUCCAGACAAUGAGAAGGAGAGACUGUCCGGCAUUGAGAAAAUUAAGCAGCUUCGAGAGCAGGUGAACUACCUCUUCAGCAGAAAAUUUGGGGAGGCCAUAGGAGUGGACUUCCCUGUGAAGGUUCCCUACAGGAAAAUCACCUUUAACCCCGGCUGCGUGGUGAUCGACGGCAUGCCCCCGGGAGUGGUGUUCAAAGCCCCCGGGUACCUGGAGAUCAGCUCCAUGAGGAGGAUCCUGGAUGCAGCCGAUUUCAUCAAGUUCACCGUCGUCAGACCCCUUCCUGGACUCGAACUUAGUAAUGUGGGAAAACGGAAGAUAGACCAGGAGGGCCGAGUGUUCCAAGAAAAGUGGGAGCGAGCAUAUUUCUUCAUGGAGGUGCAGAACAUCCCCACGUGUCUGAUCUGCAAGCAGAGCGUGUCGGUGUCCAAGGAGUACAACCUGCGCCGCCACUACCAGACCAACCACAGCCGGCACUAUGACCAGUACUCGGGGCAGGCGCGGGACGAAAAGCUGCAAGAACUGAAAACGGGGCUGCAGAAGUACCUCGUGGGGACCUCAGACAUUGUGGGCCCUGAGCAAGCGUGCUCCAACACAAGUCCAACUGCGAACCCCGUGGCACCGCCUGUGGAAGAUGUGGCCGGGAACAUAUGGAAGACAGUACGGCAGAAGAUCCGGUCCUUUGUGGCGUACUCCAUUGCCAUCGAUGAGAUUACAGAUAUCAACGACACCACCCAGCUGGCCAUCUUCAUCCGCGGCGUAGAUGACAACUUCGACGUGGCCGAGGAGCUUUUGGACACUGUGCCCAUGACAGGCGCCAAAUCCGGGAAUGAGAUCCUUCUCUGCGUAGAGAAUAGUCUCAAGAAGUUCGGUAUCGACUGGUCCAAGCUGGUGAGCGUGGCCUCCACUGGUACCCCGGCCAUGGUGGACGCCAACAGUGGGCUGGUGACGAAGCUCAGAGCCAGGGCAGCCUCAUGUUGCAAGGGGGCCGACCUCAAGUCCGUGUGCUGUAUCAUCCACCCCGAGUGGCUGUGCUCCCAGAAGUUACGGAUGGGCCACGUCAUGGACGUGGUGGUGGACUCGGUGAACUGUAUCUGCUCCCGUGGCAUGAACCACGGUGACUUCACGACGCUGCUCUAUGAGCUGGACAGCCAAUACGGUAGCCUGCUGUACCACACGUCCCUCAAGUGGCUGGGCCGGGGGCUGGUCCUCAGGAGGUUUUUCGAAUCCCUGGAGGAAAUAGACUUGUUCAUGUCUUCCCGGGGCAAACCUGUGCCCCAGCUCAGCUCCCAGGACUGGAUCCUGGACUUGGCCUUCCUAGUGGACAUGACGACACACCUCAACACACUGGACGCCUCCCUCCAAGGCCAUUCACAGAUGGUGACACAGAUGUUCGACUUCAUCCGGGCCUUCCUAACAAAACUGUGCCUCUGGGAGACGCACCUGGCCAGCAACAACCUAGCCCACUUUCCCACGCUGAAGUCGGUUUCCCAGAGCGAGAGCGACGGACUUAACUACAUACCCAAGAUCGCGGAACUCAAGGGCGAGUUCCAGAAGCGGCUGGCGGAUUUCAAGGCCUGGGAGAACGAGCUCACCCUGCUGAGCUCUCCCUUCUCCGUCAAGAUUGACAGUGUGCCUGAGGAGCUCCAGAUGGAGGUGAUCGACCUACAGUGCAACACGGUGCUCAGGACCAAGUACGACAAGGUGGGCAUCCCGGACUUCUACAAGCACCUCUGGAGCAGCUACCCCAGAUACAGGCUCCACUGUGCCAAGAUGCUGUCCAUGUUCAGCAGCACCCACAUCUGCGAGCAGCUCUUCUCCAUCAUGAAGCUGAGCAAGAAGGAGGCGCAGUGGGGCUCGGCACAGGUAGCAACCUGAGGGAGGGGAGGGCUGGAGCCUGAUACCCCAGUACUGGGAAGGUCGAGGCAGGAGGACCUGAGUUUGACUUUGCCAUCAGCCUGGGCUACGUAUCAGUAUCGAGACCCCAGAGAAAGUGCUGGAAGAGAUACAGAAGGAGUGGAAUCUGGCUGUCCCCUGUCCCCCCAUUGUGUGAAGACCUGUACUGUCCCAAGCCUAAGAGAUUGUGAGAGCAACAGACUGUUAAAACCUCCCGGUUCAAUGGGAUAAAAGUCCCUCUUUGAAUUGGAACCCUAAUUUGCAUAUCACACCUGUUCAGAUGGCAUCUGAGGCCUGGCUGUAGUUCAGCAGAGCCCGUAACUGAGGUGUUUCCGGUGGCUGGCACCUCUUGUUCCUGACUGCCCUGUGUUAUUCAUUCAUAUAAUACAGUUUGUAAUAAACCCACUGAAAGAUGUGUGUGUGUGUGUGUGUGUGUGUGAGUGAGUGUGUGUGAGUGUGUGUGUGAGUGUGUGUGAAUGGAGGGGUGUUCGCACAUACGGUGUCUCCCCGUUUUACCAGCCUGUGGCCUGUGGUCUAGUAAGCUCCUGAGUCUAAGGACAAUCGUCUGGAGACACUGUCCCAUAUUCUAGAAUUCCUGUGCCUGGAGAAGAUCGGAGUAAUGAACACAGGAUUUAACAAUUUAACAGACAGGUAAGUUGAGGCUUCAGGGCCAUCAUCGCCUUCCUCUUCCUCUGUCUUCUCUCCUCCAUCCUUCCUUUCUCUGACAGAACUUCCUUAUGCAGACCAGGCUGACCUAGAAAUCAGACCCUCCUGCCUCAGGCUCCAAAGAUCUGGGAUUACAGGACACUCCAUGGCAUCUGCUCCAGAAUCCUUCUCUACUGUGGAAUGGGAUGUGGGACCCUAUGGGGGCUGACAGGCACUUCCACUGUGGGAGAGGAUGGACUAUGUAGGCGGGGACAUAGUUCUUCAGUAACUAUGGCAAUGGCAAUGGCAUGGCUAUGGAGUUGUGUGGCCGGGUAAAUGGGGAAGGAACUGGCCUGGGAGCUGUUUUGUUUUGGUUUUUAACAUGUAUUUGUUUUGUGUGUGCUUAUGUGGGCAAGCUGUGUGUUUGUGUCACAGCGUACACGUGGGGGUCAGAGGACAACUUGUGAAAAUCAGUUCUCCUACUACGUGAGUCCCAAGGAUUGAACGCAAUCAUUGGGCUUGGCCGCAAGUGCCUUCACCCACUGAGCCAUCCCUCCGUUCCUGCGGGAGCUGGUUCUUGAUUUGCUGCUGUUUCUUCAGAUCAGGCAUUGAUGUCCAUCAGUCAAAGGAUAAGGGGAAGUGGCCCAGAUAAAUCCAACCCAGAAGGACACACCCACCUAACUAGAUGAAUCCAGUUCAUACACCGUACAUACAAUGUGGUCCAGCUAGCUAGGCAUGGUGGCACACCACUGUAAUCCCAGCACUUGGGAGGAAAGGGCAGGUGGGUUUCUGAGGUCUGGUCUACUGAGUGAGCUUCAGGCCAUCCAGGGCCACACAGAGGAACCCUGUCUUGACAAAAGAGAAACUGUUCAAAAAAGUAUGUGUCCAUAGGCCCACGCUAGUGUGGUCCCAAGUAGCGUCUGCCUCCUUCCUAUGGAUUUACCCUAAGGAAACUGCCAACAUCCCCUGGGCUGUGGACUCCUUGUCUCUGGAUUUCAAGCCCAAAGACACUGGAGUAAGCCCCUUACUGUCUGCACACUCAAGAAGACUGAUGACCAGCAGGAGGCGAUGUCUGACUUGCUCACUCUAGGGCUUCCCUGCACACACAGGCCUUUGGCUGGAGACACGAAGGCUGGUACAAGGCAGCAUCAGCAAGAUCAGAAAUAGAGAAAAACAGAUGGAGGGGGGUGUGCACAGCUGGAAUCCCAGUACUCAGAGAUGGAGACAGGGUGGUCAGGGUCUCAGGGUCAUCUUCUACCUCCGAGGGGAUCUGAGGCCACCUGACCUGCAUGAGGUCCUGAAUCAGCACACAUGAAUGCAUGUGUGUAUGUGUGUGUGUGUGUGUGUGUGUGUGUGUGUGUGUGUGCUGUGCACACACAUGAGAGCAUACCUGUCCAAAAGAGGAGGCAUUUAAUCAUGACUUUAG